GUCCUUGACGUGAUGGAAGGUCUUUAAAUUUGGAGUAAACAAAGUCUCCCUCACUCGAAGUUUCCCACAUACACACGAAGGUGUAGUAGCUUUGACACAAAGAUCAGUGCGUGUGAGUAACAGAAUGGAUCAACUAAAACCAAGCCCAUCAAACUCCUCUCCUCUCACUCCCUUAGGCUUCUUAGAAAGAGCAGCCACCGUGUAUGGCGAUUGUCCAUCUGUUGUGUACAACACCACCACCUACACGUGGUCACAGACCCACCGUCGAUGUCUCCAACUAGCCUCAUCAAUCGUAUCGCUCGGCAUCAAGAGAGGCCACGUGGUGUCUGUCGUGGCCCCCAACAUCCCCGCCAUGUACGAGCUCCACUUCGCCGCCCCUAUGUCCGGUGCCAUUUUCCACACCAUCAACAUUCGCCUCGACGCGCGUACAAUCUCCGUCCUACUCCUCCACAGCGAGUCAAAGCUCGUCUUCGUCGAUUGCCUCUCACGCGCUCUCAUCCUCGAAGCCAUCUCUUUCUUCCCGCCGCAUAUCAAGCCUCCACUUCUCAUCCUCAUCACCGAUGAUCAGGUCUCACCAUCAUCAGACACCAUUCGUUUCCACGACACUUACGAAAGUAUGGUCGAGAAAGGUGAUCCUAAGUUCGAGUGGGUUCGGCCUGAAAACGAGUGGGACCCAAUGAUCCUUAACUAUACCUCAGGUACAACCUCGGCUCCUAAGGGAGUUGUUCAUACUCACAGAGGCACAUUCUUCACAAUUCUUGAUGGGCUCUUAGACUGGUCGGUACCAAAACAGCCAGUUUACCUGUGGACCCUAGCUAUGUACCAUGUCAACGGUUGGGGUUUCUCGUGGGGCAUGGCAGCCGUGGGUGGGACCAACAUUUGCCUCCGUAAGUUCGACGCGCCCAUUAUCUACCGUCUGAUUGAAAAACACAAUGUGACUCACAUGUGUGGUGCACCAGUGGUUCUGAACAUGCUGACGAAUUAUUCUAACAACCUCAAACCGCUCAAAAGCCCGGUUCAUGUAAUCACGGCCGGUUCUCCACCACCGGCUACUAUACUCCUAAAAGCCGAGUUAUUGGGUUUUGUGGUGACUCAUGGGUACGGGUUGACUGAAACCGGUGGUAUCGUUGUUUCAUGCGCUUGGAAAAAACAGUGGAACAAGUUCCCUGCUACGGAGAAAGCGAGGCUCAAAGCGAGACAAGGAGUGAGGACUAUUGGGAUGACCAAAGUGGACGUGGUGGACAAAGAGACAGGAGUGAGUGUGAAACGUGAUGGGUUGUCAAUAGGAGAAAUAGUAUUGAGAGGUCCGUGCUUAAUGCUUGGUUAUCUCAAAGACCCAGUUGGGACCUCGAAGUGUUUGACAAAAAAUGGCUGGUUUUUCACUGGGGACAUGGGUGUUAUGCACCCAGAUGGGUACAUGGAGAUUAAGGAUCGUUCAAAGGAUGUGAUUAUAAGCGGCGGUGAGAAUUUGAGCAGUGUGGAGGUUGAGUCUGUGCUUUACACACAUCCGGCGGUGAAUGAGGCGGCCGUGGUGGCUCGGCCCGAUGAGUAUUGGGGCGAGACGCCAUGUGCGUUUCUGAGCUUGAAGGAGUUGACUCAUAAGCCAAGUGAGAAAGAGAUUAUUGAAUUCUGUAGGGCUAAGUUGCCACACUACAUGGUGCCCAAAACGGUAGUGUUUAAGGAUGAGCUGCCAAAGACUUCUACUGGGAAAAUUCAGAAGUUUGAGCUGAGACAGAUUGCCAAAGCCAUGGGUGCGCCAACAGUUAGUCGGAUUUAGUCAAUUUUAGUUGUCUGAUCUUUUAACCGCUGUUGUGUGAUUAUUGUCAAUGUGGUUGUUGUUGUUGUUUGGGUCGACUCGCACGAGUCACUAUCCAUUUCCUUAAUUUCUAGUUUCCCCUCGUCAUAAACAAAUAAAAUCAACGUUGUCCUGCUGCCGUGCUGCUUCAUGUGGUUCUAAUAAUCCAGUUGUUCUUCAUGCUCGCAAUAAGUCAACUGUGGUUCAAGUUU